GUGGCUUCGUGAUAUGUUCAAGUUAGGAUAUAGAGAAGACUUGGAAAUAAAAGACUUGUAUGAUGCACUUCAGGAACAUAGAUCUGACUUCCUAGGAAACAAAUUGGAGAAGUUAUGGAACCAAGAGCUACAAAGAGGGAAAACAUGGGACAGGGGACCCAGUUUGUUCCGAGUUCUGGCUAGGUGUUUUGGUGUUAACGCUGUGUGGCUUGGACUGACCAUGAUUUUCUGCGAGUUCUUCUUUAGAAUGACGCAGCCAAUCUUUCUGGGGGGCCUGAUCCGGUACUUCUCUCCAGGCGGUGGGAUAGGUCGUGAUACAGCUUAUCUGUAUGCUGCUGGUAUUGUUGUUUGUUCCACUUUCAAUGUCUUUGCUGUGAACCCAAUAUGGCUGGCUGCAUACCAUGCUGGUAUGAAAAUGCGUGUCGGUAUCUGUUCAUUAAUCUACAGAAAGGCACUGAGACUGAGUAGAACAGCCCUGGGAGAAGCAACUGUGGGCCAGGCAGUGAAUCUCCUGUCAAAUGAUGUGGCCCGCUUUGAUAGCAGCUUCGUGUUCCUUCCUUUUCUUGUGAUUGGUCCAGUGGAGACAGCAGCAAUAGUUUACUUGAUGUGGACUAAGAUUGGUAUCUCAGCAAUCAUUGGGGUUGCUACUCUUCUGCUGUUCAUACCAGUUCAAGCUGGAUUUGGGAAGAUGAUAUCAACAUUACGCACGUGCACGGCAAGAAGAACAGACGAGCGCAUCAAAUUCAUGAAUCAGAUCGUUGUUGGUAUCCAGGUGAUCAAGUUGUAUGCCUGGGAGAAGCCAUUUGCACAUCUCAUUGCUCUUGCGCGCAAGCAUGAAAUCAAAGCUAUCAGGGCAUCAUGCUUCGUGAUGGGUUUGCUCUCUGCAUUCGGACGGUUUGGAACCAAGCUUGCCGUAUUUGCUAGCGUAGUCUCCUAUGUUCUCCAGAAUGGCAGACUCACAGCAGAAGAGGUGUUUGUAGUUACUGCAUACUUCAAUAUUCUGAAGCACGUGAUGACCGAAUCCUUCCCGCUAGCUGUAAUAGAGGUGGCUGAGUCAACUGUGUCUAUUAAGAGGGUACAGGCAUUUCUAUUGAAUGAAGAAGUAGCAAGUGCAGCAACCCAAGAGGGAAGUUGUGGGAAAAUUACGACGACAUUGGAGGGUAGUAACAAACCGUGUGAAUGCAGAUGCAGCUUAAAUGAUACUGAAUUGGUGAAGGACCCUGUGAAUACCAAGAUCUCAGACAAAAUUACAACUGUUGAUACAGUGGACAGGCUGCUUGAGAAGACAGGAGGUCCCACAAGCAAGAAGAGCAUUGUGAUUACCAAUGUGACAGCCAAGUGGAUGGAGGACUUGCCUAAGAACACUCUGACAGAUGUGAGUCUGGAUGUGAGACCCGGAGAACUUGUGGCUGUUGUCGGACCUGUCGGCUCAGGGAAGACAUCACUGCUGCAUGCCAUCCUGAAGGAACUGCCCCUCAACAGUGGCUCCAUCUCUGUGGGUGGAUCAGUAUCAUAUGCAUCGCAGGAGCCCUGGCUGUUCACAGGCUCUGUACGGCAGAACAUCCUGUUUGGGCAGCCCAUGGACAGGAACCGGUACAGACAAGUGGUCAGGGUCUGUGCUCUUGAACGGGACUUCCAGCUGCUACCCCACGGUGACAGGACCAUUGUGGGGGAGAGGGGUGUCACCCUGAGUGGUGGGCAGAGGGCGAGGAUCAGUCUGGCAAGAGCUAUUUACAAAGAAGCGGACAUCUACUUGCUUGAUGAUCCACUGUCCGCUGUGGACACACGUGUGGGGCGUCACCUGUUUGAGGAUUGUAUUUGUGGCUUCCUUGUGGGGAAGACUAGAGUGCUGGUCACACAUCAGCUGCAGUACCUCCACACAGCUGAUGACAUCAUUAUUCUCAAUAAUGGGGCAGUAGAGGCUGUAGGUACAUUCACCAAACUGCAGAACUCUGGACUGGACUUUGCCAAACAACUUGAAUUAGAGGUGGGGGAGACUAUGGAUGAUAACUUAAACAGGAUGAGUGCAAGAUCAUCUGAUGACUGUGUGUCACAGUGUUCUGCGAACAGGCUUCAGCAUCAAAAUUCAGGAUCAUCUGAAGUGAGCUCAGUGGCAGGAUCUAUACCUGAGAUGGCAGCCGAGAUGCAGGCACGGGGCAGUGUAGGUUCCAGAGUGUACUGGGUCUACUUCUCUGCUGGGGGGAAUUGUAUGGUUAUUCUCCUAGUGUUUGGCCUGUGUGUUCUGUCACAGCUCGCCAUCAGUGGAGGAGAUUACUGGAUGUCCUAUUGGUCAACUGUAGAAGAACAUCGCUUGAUUAUGUCUGAAGCCAAUAGUGGUUCUUCUCAGAAUGUGACAGGCCCAAUAGUGAAUGAUACUGCUUCAUAUCAAGACAGCAAUUCAGGCUACAGCGCUACCACAGAUGUGGCAGAGUGGGGCUGGCUGCCUAGUAGAGAGACAUGUAUAUAUGUAUAUUCUGGCCUGGUGGCUUCUGUCAUAAUACUAUCAGUGUGUAGUGUAAUAUGCUUCUUCACAAUGUGCAUGAGAGCAUCCAUCAACCUCCACAAUGCAAUGUUUACCAGCAUUACUCGUGCCACGAUGCGGUUCUUCAACAGCAAUCCUUCAGGACAGAUACUGAACCGUUUCUCGAAGGAUAUGGGAACAGUUGAUGAAAUUGUUCCCUUGACAAUGAUUGAUUGCAUACAGAUAGGACUGUCACUGCUCGGUAUUAUUGUCGUGGUGGCGGUUGUGAAUGUUUGGUUGUUGAUCCCAGCAGCGGUGAUGUUUCUUAUUUUCUGCAUACUGAGGGUGUAUUUUGUGGCCACCUCACGCAGCGUCAAAAGACUGGAGGGAAUCACGAGGAGUCCUGUAUUCUCUCACCUCAGUGCCUCACUGCAAGGUCUAACCACAAUUCGAGCUCUUGGUGCACAGGCCAUGUUGGAAAAGGAAUUUGAUGGUCACCAGGACUUGCACUCUUCAGCAUGGUAUAUGUUCAUAACAACAACCCGAGCAUUUUCUGUGUGGCUGGACAGCACCUGCCUUUUGUACAUUAUUGUUGUUACAUUCAGCUUCUUCAUCAUGAGUGGAGACCAGUAUGGAGGAAGUGUGGGGCUUGCUAUUACUCAGGCAGUUACACUCACAGGACUUUUGCAGUGGGGUAUACGGCAGUCAGCAGAAUUGGAAACACAGAUGACAUCAGUAGAGCGUGUCUUGGAGUACUCUAGAAUUGAAAAGGAGCCUUCACUGGAGUCACCCCCAGGUAGAAAACCAAAAGAUGAUUGGCCUUCCCAAGGUGUAAUAAUGUUUGAUAAAGUGUUUCUCACCUACUCGAAGGAUGAGCCACCUGUCUUGAAGAAUGUCAGCUUUGUUCUGAGACCAGCUGAAAAGGUAGGUGUUGUGGGUCGCACUGGAGCAGGCAAAUCUUCUCUCAUAGCAGCUCUGUUCCGUCUGGCAGACAUUUCGAGUGGUCAAAUCCAAAUUGAUGGCAUAGACAUUGCCUCAAUAGGUCUCCAUGACCUGCGCUCCAAGAUCUCCAUCAUCCCACAGGAGCCUGUGCUGUUCUCUGGCUCACUGAGAGAGAACCUGGAUCCAUUCAGCGAGUACUCAGAUGCUGCAUUGUGGGCUGCGUUAGCCGAAGUGGAGCUGAAGCAGGUUGUGGAUGAGUUGCCUGCUGGACUGAGCCACAGGGUGUCAGAGGGCGGUUCCAACUUCAGUGUGGGACAGCGCCAGCUCCUGUGUCUGGCCCGCGCCAUCAUCAGGAACAACAAGAUCCUGGUGCUGGAUGAGGCCACGGCCAAUGUGGACCCACAGACUGAUGAAUUGAUUCAAGCAACAGUUCGUGACAAGUUUGCUGACUGCACAGUGUUGACUAUCGCCCAUCGUCUGCACACAGUUAUGGACAGCGACCGUAUUGUUAUCAUGGAUGCUGGGCAUGUUGUGAAAUUUGACCAUCCACACUUGUUACUGACAAGCAAGCAUGAUGUCCUGUACCAGAUGGUGCAGCAAAUGGGGCCAGCCAUGGCAGAGUCAUUGUGUAAGAUGGCACAGGCAAGUUACAAGAAAUAUCUCGAAAAGAAGAAAAAGCACGUGGAAAUAAGUGAGAGCAUAACAGAUCUUCCUUAAUGGUAUUGCAAUCUUGGGAUUACCAUACAAAAGCCUCAUAAUUGGGGUUGUACUAUAUGAUGUUACUGUGGCAAAGUAACAACACAAAGAUUGCAUACCAAAUGCAUAUUUGUGCUUAAUGCAGGGUUCCUUUAUGGUAUGGUGUGGCAUAGGAUACUGAAAGUUGAACAUCUAGAACACGUCUAGAAAGAUUAUGAUCUGAGUAGCUUCUGGUGCUGGGAAUACUUAAAUGUGAUUUUUGUAACUUAGAAUUUUCCAUUUAUUCACAUGAAAUAUAUAAUUACUAUGUAUAGUUUUUUUGGCUUCCCUUAGCAGUGUAGCUUAGAAUUGUUAAAGAAUCUAAAAAUUUGUGUACAAAAAAGAAGGGGUUUUGUGGGUAUUGCUCUUAUAUUCCAGUGUUUUAAUGGUUCUUUAUAAUUUAAGAGGUUAACCUGGUACCAUAUUUAAGAUGUCCUUACUUCUGAAGUAAAUUGAUCCUGGCUGAUAAUUGUAUAUGCAGCUGUUGUUGGAAUAAAAAUGUCCUGGUUCUGCCUUUG